UCGCAUGAGAGCUACACCACCACAUAUCACCCCCUUCACCUAGAGCGCGCGCACACACCUUCCCACCAUGGAUGACGAUAUGUUUGAAGUUUUUGAGGGCGGCCCCUCCAAGGACGCUGCGCCCCGCAAGACCAAGAAGCGCCAGGCCAACGGCGAUGUCAAGUCGCCAGUACCUGUCGAAGAUGCUACCAUGUCGGAUGCGCCCGCAGAAGCACAAGGUGGCGCAAACGAAAACAGUGCAGCUGAGACACUGAAGAAACGGCAGAAGCGUGAUGCCGAGCCCGAGCCUAUCGUUACCGACGAUUUCGAGACGGAGCAAUCGCGCGAGGUUGCUGCUGCUGCUGGACUGCAGGCACAGACCCAAGACGGACAGGCCGUAGUACUUUCACAUCAGGUUCGACAUCAGGUCGCCUUACCGCCAGACUACGACUAUGUCCCCAUUUCUGAGCACAAGCCCCCGACAGAGCCAGCGCGCACAUGGCCCUUUGCACUGGAUCCCUUCCAGCAGGUCUCUAUUGCCUCGAUUCAACGCAACGAAAGUGUCCUCGUAUCAGCGCAUACUUCAGCCGGAAAGACGGUUGUGGCAGAGUACGCCAUUGCACAAUGUCUCAAGAACAAUCAGCGAGUCAUCUACACCAGUCCCAUAAAGGCCCUCAGCAACCAGAAGUACCGAGAGUUCAUGGCAGAGUUCGGCGACGUCGGUCUCAUGACAGGUGAUGUCACCAUCAACCCGACCGCCACAUGUUUAGUCAUGACAACAGAGAUUCUGCGAUCCAUGUUGUACAGAGGUUCCGAAAUUAUGCGUGAAGUAGCUUGGGUCGUGUUUGACGAGGUGCACUACCUUCGCGACAAGUCGAGAGGUGUCGUAUGGGAAGAGACUAUCAUUCUGCUCCCCGACAAGGUCCGCUACGUCUUUCUGUCCGCCACCAUUCCCAACUCGAUGCAGUUUGCCGAAUGGAUCACCAAAACCCACAGCCAGCCAUGUCACGUCGUUUACACCGAUUUCCGUCCAACUCCGCUACAACACUAUUUCUUCCCUGCCGGUGCCGAUGGUAUACAUUUGGUGGUUGAUGAGAAGGGCGUAUUCCGUGAAGAGAACUUCCAAAAAGCCAUGUCGUCAAUCGCUGACAAGGCUGGGACUGCCGCGAAGGACUUUAUGGCCAAGCGCAAGGGCAAAGGCAAGGACAAGAAGACAAAUACAGGCGGCAACAGAGAGCAGACGGACAUUUACAAGAUUGUCAAGAUGAUCAUGGUUAAGAGCUACAAUCCCGUCAUUGUGUUCAGCUUCAGCAAGCGCGAGUGUGAAAACUAUGCGCUAGCCAUGAGCUCCCUUGCAUUCAACGACGAAUCCGAGAAGGCGAUGGUCACAAAGGUGUUCAACAGCGCCAUUGAGAUGCUUUCGGAGGAGGACCGGCAAUUGCCUCAGAUCCAGAAUAUUCUUCCUCUUCUUCGGAGAGGUGUUGGGGUUCAUCAUUCUGGAUUACUUCCCAUUCUCAAGGAAACCAUCGAAAUCCUGUUCCAGGAGGGCUUGAUCAAAGUACUCUUCGCGACAGAGACGUUCUCUAUCGGUCUCAACAUGCCGGCCAAGACUGUUGUAUUCACAAGCGUACGCAAGUUCGAUGGAGUAUCCCAAAGAUGGGUUACGCCUUCGGAGUUUAUUCAAAUGUCUGGUCGAGCUGGUCGUCGUGGUCUUGACGACCGUGGUAUUGUCAUCAUGAUGAUUGACGAACAGAUGGAGCCUGCUGUAGCCAAGGAAAUUGUACGUGGUCAGCAGGACAAUUUGAACUCGGCUUUCCAUCUUGGCUACAAUAUGAUAUUGAACCUGAUGCGAGUGGAAGGCAUUUCUCCCGAGUUCAUGUUGGAAAGAUGCUUCUAUCAAUUCCAGAGCACAGCUGGUGUCUCCAAUUUAGAAAAACAACUCGAGGAACUCGAGCAAGAAAAGUUAAACACCACCAUCAUUGAUGAAGCCGCCGUCAAGGACUACUACAACCUGCGACAGCAACUGGACACUCACACCAAGGACAUGCGCGACGUAAUCAUUCACCCCAACUACUGCCUACCAUUCCUGCAGGGUGGCCGGCUCGUCAAGGUCAGCUACAAAGACCACGAUUUUGGAUGGGGUGCAGUUGUAGCAUUUGCCCCUCGCAAAGCAAACAAGGGCGAAGUCCUACCACCUCAAGAGUCGUAUAUUGUCGAUGUUCUGCUCAUCGUCGGCAGUGAUAACAAAUUUGCCCCUGUAGUAAACGAUGGCUUGCCCCCUGGUGUCCGGCCGCCUGCACCUGGGGACAAGGGCAAGAUGGAAGUGGUACCCGUAGUCCUGAACUGCAUUGAGUCAAUUGGCCACUUACGCGUAUUCUUGCCAAAUGAUCUCAAGUCAACGGAACAGAGGAACAAUGUUCGCAAGGCACUCAACGAAGUCAAGAAGCGUUUCCCAGACGGUAUUGCCAUUUUGGAUCCUAUUGAAAACAUGAAUAUCAAGGACGAAAGCUUCAAGAGGCUUCUAAGGAAAAUUGAAGUACUGGAAUCUCGUCUCUUGUCGAAUCCUCUUCACAACUCGCCCAGGUUGCCUGAGCUUUACAGCCAGUACGCAAAGAAAAUUGCAAUUGGUGAAAAGAUCAAGAACACGAAAAAGGAGAUCGCCAAUGCAUUGUCCGUUAUUCAGCUUGACGAACUGAAGAGCAGGAAACGUGUACUGCGUCGACUGGGCUUCAUUGACGAUGCCGAUGUCGUCCAGCUGAAAGCCCGCGUUGCCUGCGAAAUCAGCACGGGCGACGAGCUAGUUCUCAGCGAACUGCUCUUUAACCGUUUCUUCAAUGAGCUAUCACCCGAGCAAUGCGCCGCCUGUCUGAGUUGUUUCAUCUUUGAGGAGAAGACACAGGAAGUGCCAGCGCUAAAAGAAGAACUCGCCAAGCCUUACCGCGAGAUCCAGCAGCAAGCCAGAGUCAUCGCCAAGAUGUCGCAAGAGAGUAAGCUGACGCUCAACGAAGAGGAAUACCUUAAAUCUUUCAAAUACGAGCUUAUGGAAGUCGUGUUUGCCUGGUCAAAGGGUGCUACUUUCUCGGAGAUUUGCAAAAUGACCGAUGUCUACGAAGGCAGUCUGAUUCGCCUUUUCAGGCGACUCGAGGAGUUGCUCCGGCAGAUAGCCCAAGCCGCCAAAGUUAUGGGCAGUGAAGAGCUUGAGCAAAAGUUUACUGCAGCACUGGAGCUCGUUCGUCGGGAUCUUGUCGCUGCCCAGUCUCUUUACCUCUAACUUGAUUUUUUGCGUCUGCGUCUGCGUCUUGUAUAACAUGGUAUUGUUGAGUCUCUGUAAAUGUUUUCGUUAUUUAGCAGGUAAGUGCGGUAUGUAGAUGGCGUUCCGUUGUAUGACGUCUUGACGAAGACGCCACAAAACGAACAAGCAAGUUUUUUUUUUCAGGUGCGCAAAAGGGGCAUUCACCGCUUGGUCCUUCAAAAGGAGAGACUCCACAAGGUGUGUCCUGGGUAGAAAUUGACUAGAUCAGAUGCCGCGGACCUAGUGCCCUGGCAGAUGAUCCCCCACUGAUACAUGAUUUCCAGCACAUUUUGCAACUAGAAACGUGAUAUCUUGUAACAUUGCCGUAAUGAUGAGGGUAUUUGAAUCGAAUUAGUCCGGAGAUAAAGGCCGUGCAACAC